AGCCUCGUCAAAAGUUGGUCUCGACAUAUAAGACAUUCCGCAACGACGGCCUCAUCUCAGUCCUCACAAUUCACACACAAUCUCUACCUCUUUACUAAACACUUAAAAUAAUUCCUCCUCAUCGAUAUAACUAUGUGGGAAGUUGAAUCGUUGUAUUACGCGCAUGCUGGCUUGUCAGGCGCCGCUCUCGUGACGCUUGCUGUCAUAUGGAUUGCUUCUCUGCGUGCCAUGCACCGUUGUGCGGACCCCGCAAGGGUGGCAUUUACCAUUCUAAAGGUAGCUAUGCCGGCCUUUAUCAUAACACUCGCGUUGAACAUUGCCGAAGAUAUUGUAUAUGUGAGGAUGCCUUAUUACGGUAGCUGGGUUGGGCCAUCGGACAAAGGUGGCGCAGCAGCUGAGAACAGGCUUCUUAAAUUCAAUAUCUCGACCUGCGCCAGUCUAUUUGAGUUCAUCGCAAGCUCGCUGUUGGUGGUCACGCUUGUCGAGCUCGGAAACGGGUUGAUGUUUGCCACCAUACGACAACGAUCUAAGUCUCAAAACAUCAUGCGGUAUCUUGGUGUCUUUUUUGCAACUGUCCUGUUUGCUCUCGGGUUAGCAGACUUCGGCGUGAGACAGGCAACUUGGCGUCGGGUUUGGAACGCUCCCGACUUUGACGAUAACGAGGCAACGAGUGACUAUUACGACUCUGUCUUGAUAAUCCUUAUGAGGCUCCAAAAACUAGAUUUGGCAUGGCUCAUCAUCAACUGGGUUAUAAGUGCUGGCAUCCUUGGAUAUGCAUCUUUCGUCAUGCAUCGUUAUCGAUCAGUCAAGCCUAGCAGAACGUGCGCAAUCAUGUUUUUGGUAGCUGCAAUCCUCGGCUUCAUCAAGGGUAGUUGGGCAGCCAUCCAAUUCAUUAUAUAUUCCUACUGGCCAUGGUACUACUUCUCGUUCAGAGUUACGCAGCUUACGAGUAUCUUUCUUAUCUCCUGGAUGCUCUCUGGUGUUAUGGUUCUUGUCUUCGCCAUUGGGGUCAAGAAGCAGGGUGGUCUGUGGACGGUAUCACGGCCUUGGAUGAAUGAGUCGACGAAAUCGGCGGACGUUGAGGAUAAGUAGGAUUUCCUAUUUCUACAUUCCAAACAUUGCUUCCCACCCUCGCUCUACCUAGUCUGCCAUCCAUAUAGAUUUACCCCAUUUUACUCUCAAGGCUUUGCUCCAGUGUACUUAAGAGAGAAUAAGCCACGCUCAAUACUGUUGAGAAU